GCCAAGCUUCGAGACAUUCAAUCACCACGCGUUUCUCACCACGAUCACAUCGAAAAAGCUUCUAUUCGCCAAUUUAUUUUUGCUUUUUAUUUUGUACAAAAAAAGUGUUUGAAGGGAAUUAUUUUUAAAAGGGAGAAGAAUAAAAUUUGUGUGGAAAGUGAAAGAAUAAGAAAAGAGAAGAAAAAAUGGAGACGAAGCGUGAUUUGGUUGAGUCCCUGGAGACAAACAAUUUCGUCCAAUUUGCCAUGAAUGCCCUGAGAUUGCGUCGUCAGAAGCCACUCAAUCACCUGGUGGUGGACACCACCCUCACACAGGACACAGAGGAGGAAGUUGAACUACCCGAAAUAUCCUUGGAGGAGGUGGCAAAUCACGACAGUGCCACAGAUUGUUGGAUCGUCAUCUACGAUCGCAUUUACGACGUCACGAAAUUCCUCAAAUUGCACCCCGGUGACGACUAUGUGAUACUCGAGCAUGCUGGGAGGGAUGCCACAAUUGCCUUCCGUGGGGCAGGACACAGUCAGGAGGCGGUUGAUUCACUAAAGAAAUGGCUAAUUGGACAACUCCCUGAGAAGGAGAGGAUAUUCCGCUGUGAGAAGCCCAUCUUCAAGAUGGAUCUCCCCAAGUGAUGGAGCCCUCACAAAACACAUCAGAAGGUUUCUUAAAACAGUAUUGAUGAAUAUCAAUCCCAAAAACGGAAAAGUGUCUUUGUCCAUUCUGUGUAUACCUACUUAUUAAACUAACUUUAAAUUGUACAUUAUUUAGAAGUUUAAGACUCAUUGGCCGCGUGGUUCUUAAUAAAUAAUUUUAGUAGAAAUGAA